GCAGCGGGGCGGGGCCCUGGUGGGUGAGGCGAGCUGCGGCGCGCGGGCGGUUGGGCGGGCUCCGGCCUCGCGCCCACCUGCUUGGGGCCCACGGGCGGCAUGGCCGGGACCCCCGCGCCGGGCAGCAGGAGGUGGAGCGGGCCACCGACGCGCCAGCCUGGCCCGCCGCCCGUCACCGGCCACCCUCCGAGCAAGCGGGCCCGGGGCUUUCCCGCGGCCGUCCCCCUGGACCCCGAAGACCCGUUCGGCGCGCACGGGGAGCUCACGGCCGACGACCUGGAGGAGCUGGACAUCCUGGCGUCCCAAGCCCUGAGCCAGUGCCCGCCCGCGCCGCGGGACCUGUCCACUGUUCAUAAGGUCCGCAGAUUAGAUGGGAUGUCAAGUAGUCCUGCAGGGAAGAACAGAGAACAUGCUCCAGCUAAAGAUAACUUCGAACUGGAAGUACUUCAAACACAAUACAAAGAACUUAAGGAAAAGCUGAAGGCGAUGGAAGAAGAGAUCCUUAUUAAGAAUGGAGAAAUUAAAAUCUUGCGGGACUCACUGCAUCAGUCAGAGUCCAUUCUGGAGGAACAGAAAAGAUCGCAUUUCCUUCUUGAGCAAGAGAAAACCCAAGCACUCAGUGACAAAGAAAAGGAGUUCUCCAGAAAGCUCCAGUCGUUGCAAUCUGAACUCCAGUUUAAAGAGGCAGAAAUGAAUGAAUUAAGGACAAAGCUUCAGAGCAGUGAACGGGUGAAUAAAGUGGCUGUUCCCUCCACGUCCCAUGUUAGUCCUAGGAAAAACUUUUCCGUGGUUAUGAGACCAGAAGCAUGUUCCUCGCAAUUUGGAAAAUCAUCUUUUCCUACAAAGGAGUCCUUUAGUGCUAACAUGUCCUUUCCCAAUCCCUGCCAGACAGAGCCAGGAUACAAGUCUCUGGUGGGCCGAGAGGGUUCAGAUAAUAAGACCCACAGUCUGAGAGGUAGCCCUGUACAGCAAGAAGCGGUGCAGAAAAGCCUUACUGACAGCCGGACGCAGAAAUCAAACACAGAAGGUUCCGUUCUGAUAAACCUGUUGCUGAAGCAGCCUUUGAUGUCAGGGUCAGGCGUAGGUCUCUGCCACCUCCUGAGCAGCUGUUCCGAGGCUCCCGCUGGCAAGCUCUUGCAGCCGCUGGGGCUUGGCAGUAUUUUGGCUGUGAUUUCAGGCCUCAGAACCACGGCUUCUCGAAGCGGGGCAUUUUCUCCCUCGACCCUGAGAGAAGCACAGAACCUGGCCUUCACUGGACUGCACCUGAUUGCCAGGAGCGAAGGCUCGUGUGACGGAGACCCGGCCGAGGGGGCCGGGAGGGCCUUCCCACUCCGCCAGCUUCCUGGGGCCGUGCACCUCCUGCCGCUCCUACAGUUCUUCAUCGGCAUGCACUGCCAGGCUCUGCAGGAGCUCGCAGCGGCGAAGAGGAGUGGCGCCUCCGGGGACUCGCCAGCACGUAGCUCCUGCGUGCGCGCUGGGGCGGAGGCCAGCCCUGAGGACUCGGGCUGCAACCUGGAAGGCUUCGCUGUGGCUUCGCUCGGCGUUCUUCAGCACCUGGUGUGCCACAGCGGGGCGGUCGUCUCCCUGCUGCUGUCCGAAGUGGGGACGGACCCUUCUGCUGAGGAAGGGGCCGGGAGCCCGGCUCGCGGGCACACGUGGGGAGAUGUGCUCUCCGCCCCCGCGGGGGCCGCGGAAGACCACAGGCAGCACCCACUGUUGAAGAUGCUUCUCCUCCUGCUGGCCUUCUCCUCCACAGCAGCGGGUCACCCUCAAGCCACAGUCCUGAGCCAGUGUCUCAAGGUUUUGGUGAAAUUAGCCGAAAAUGCGUCCUCUGAUUUCUUGCCCAGGUUCCAGUGUGUGUUACCCGUUCUGCCGCGGUGCCUCAGCCCGGAGACGGCCCUGCCCUGUGUGCUGCGGACUGUAGAGCUGCUCGCUCUCCUGGUGGACCACGAGAGCCUGGCACCGCAGCUCUGUUCCCGCUCCGAAGGCUGCCUGCUCCUGCUGCUGUACACGUACAUCACGUCGAGGCCGGACGGCAGGGCCUCGGAGACACAGUGGCUCCGGCUGGAACAGGAGGUGGUGUGGCUGCUGGCCAAGCUGGGUGUGCAGAGCUCCUCCCCGGUCACCGGCUCUGACUGCCACUGCAACGUGGAGGUGGUCCGAGCGCUCACGGUGAUGCUGCACCGACAGUGGCUGACUGUGCGGAGGGCGGGGGGGCCCCCCAGGACCGAGCGGCAGAAGCGGACCGUGCGCUGCGUGCGUGACACGGUGCUGCUGCUGCACAGCCUGUCCCAGAAGGACAAGCUCUUCACCGUGCACUGCGUGGAGGUGCUGCAUCAGUAUGACCAGGUGCUGCCCGGGGUCAGCACGCUGAUCCGCGGGCUCCCCGACGUGACGGACUGCGAAGAGGCAGCCCUGGAGGACCUCUGCAGCAUGGACACCGAGGUGGACGACGCUGAGAUGGACUGUGGCUGAGCCCUCUGCACCCAGCCACGCGGUGGCACCAGCACCUUUGCCUUCCUCACCCCAUCCACUGAGGAAAGAGGACCCAGCCUUGUGGCUCCCGCCUGUGCGCGCCUAUAACCCCAGCACUCGGGAGACUGGCCGGAAGAUGGCCAGGAGCUAGCUCGAGGCCAGCCUGGGCUACAUAGCGAGUUCAAGGCUGGCCUGAACUACAAAGCCAGACCGUCUGAAAACAAAAUAAAAUAAACAAAUAAAAGCAGUGACUGCCCAUCCCUGUCGGAAACGUCA